AUGGACUUGGAGCUUCUAGGCUGGAUUUUGGGUGUGGGGUCCCUGCUUAUCAUCAGCACCAACCUCCUGGUGGCUGCCGCUCUCAUCCUGCUCAUCCGCAGAAGAGGUGGCCAAAGCUGGUGUUUUGUGCUGAACCUGGCACUGGCAGAUGCCCUGGUGGGUGUUGCCAUCACGGGUGUGGCCGCCACUGCCGUCACUGCCCGAACCACACAGACCCACAAGACCAAAUGCCUGAUGUGCAUGGCUUUUGUCACUUCGCCUACAGCAGCAUCCAUUCUCACCAUGUUCCUCAUUUCCCUGGACCGCUAUGUGGCCAUCAAGUUCCCCUUGCGCUACUCCUGGAUUUCGGGUCCGCGCACAACAGCUGGCGCCCUGAGUGUCCUUUGGCUGCUCUCCUUCAUGGUGGGCUUCCUGCCAGGGAUGGUGCAUCAGAUGCAGCAGAGCCAGUACGACGGCAACUGCACCUUCUUCUCCGUUAUCCAGCCCAAGGCCAUCAUCCUAGUGUUCUGCACCUGCUUCUUCCCCGUCCUCUCGGUUUUCAUCUACUUCUAUCUGGAUAUCCUCAAGAUCGCCUGCGGCCACCAGAGGCAGAUCCGCCGCGCCCGACAGGCUGGCUCAGCCAUGCCUCCACAUAAUCGUUUUGGAUGUCACCUCAAGGCCUUGAGGACGGUGGCGCUGCUGGUGGGCUGCUUCGUCCUCUCCUGGAGUCCUUUCUUCAUUGUUAGUGUGGUGCAGGUGCUGUGUCAGGCCUGCACUUUGUACAGCCUUAUUGAGAAAGACCUUUGGCUUCUGGGGUUGUCCAACUCGCUGAUCAACCCGCUGGUGUAUGCAUUCUGGCAAAGGGAAGUUCGCCAGGAGCUAUGUGCCAUGUGCGGCAGACUCACACAUGCAGCACCUCUCUCAGCCUUCAGGGGAUGCACUGAGCACAAUUUACCUACUGAGUCAUCGGGGGUGCGAGGUUCUCUCACCCCUGCCCUGCCACAGUCUCUUAGAGGAGAAGAGCAUCGUACCAGCACAGAGGUUACAGCUUCAACCUCCUUCUAA